CUCGAGCUCACCGUAAUCAAGACGGUGCGGGUGACACGCGCGCAGCGCCGCGGACUGAUAAGCCUCCAUGGAAUAGAGAAAAAACGUUCAUGUUUGCUCCAGUAGAGACCGAUACGAAGAAAAGUAGUACAAGUGGAUCCUGAUGCGUCAUGCAGCAUGGAGUGACUGCUACAGAGGGAAGUCUAUAAAACGCUAACGAUCAGCGGAGUGGACAUUAAGAGCAAGAAUCUACAUUUCGGAAAACUUAACUUUGCAUGAUCUAGUCAUUUUUCUUUGCUUUUUGAAAGUGGGGAAAAGUCUAGUAGACAGACAGUUAGCUUAAAUUAUGCGUGUGCGUUUCUCAGCAUUGACCUGUGCUUAAAAGUCAAUUUGGAGAUUCCUGAAGAAAUUUCUCUCCUCCGGAUUUUUGCAUUUAGUCUUCGGUUUUAACAGCUACUCGAUUUAAUAAGCAGACAGACUUUACUUCAGAGAGACCGCUGCAGCGUUACAGUAAACCCUGUGGAGAAGAAUCUGCGUGUUUGCUGACUGAGUGGAGUUUUUGGAGCGCGCGCCGCUGGUUUCCUCGCGCGCCGGUGUGUUUCAGUAGCGGCUGUGCGCUCGCGCGCCGCUGUCCCGCGCUCCGAGUGCUGAGAAGAGAAGAGCAGAGCAGAGCAGAGCAGAGCGAGCGGGCCGCGCGCGCCUCUCAAUGCGGCGGAGCGAUGAGCACUGGGCUCUGCUGGCUGCGCGCGCUGCUGCUCGCGGCGUGUCUGUGCUUCGGCGGCGCAGAGAGGGAUCCUCUCCCUGUAGCUCUGGCUGAGCUGAUGAAGAGCGGCUCUGUCUCCUCCACAGAAGAUCUGCAGCUGCUGCUGCUCUCUGACUCCGUAGAUGACGAUCCAGAGAGCGACCAUGCCAACAAUACCAACAACCGGCUGCCAAGGAGCCUUCUGGAUGCUCAGCCAGCACAGCAAGCCCAGUGUAAGGUGAGGACAGAGGUCAUGGAGGUCACCCGCUCUAUGCUGGACCGUAGCAAUGCUAACUUUCUGCUAUGGCCACCAUGUGUGGAGGUGCAGAGAUGCUCUGGUUGCUGCAACACAAAAAACCUUAAGUGUGUAGCUGUACUCACUCACACGCGCUAUCUACAGGUGAUGAAGAUCCAGUAUGUGAACAUGCGCCCAGUUUACAAUAAAGCCAUAGUCUCAGUUAACGAUCACGUGGAGUGCCGCUGUCAGCCUGCUCCUCGUCCAGCCUCCCGCAGAAAGUCUCCUGCUCACAAACAAGAAGUAAGAGAUCGCUCAGGUAAACCUCGCUAUAAAGAUGAGCUUCACCGGAGAGAUGAGCUUAAACCCAACCAGAGGCUUAAACUAGAGGAUCUGCUAAGCCACAGCUGGCUGCCCCUAGAAAAUGGACACGAUGCCUGGAGCCAUAAUAAGACACACCACGGAAAGAGCAGAGAUCAUUCCCUUGGAGAUGGGAGGAAGUAUAACAGCAGCUCGAAUGGCACAAAUGGCUGGUCUUCUGAGAAACUGACAAAUCCUCUGCCCAGUCACAUUAAGAGAGAAGAUACAGGUAUAUUACUACACAAUGUGACAAGGGCAAGAGAGAGAGUGAAAGAGAAAGAGGCCAAAGAUGUAGAAAUACAGAAAAACAGUACAGUAAAUGAUGGUAGGCUGACUAAUCAGUCAUUAGUGAAUGGGGUCAGCCCCACUGAAAUAACCAAUCAGAUUCCACAGCAUGAGUCAGAGCUAAUACAAUGUGCAGGCCACAGCAAAAGUGCCGAGGGCAGUCAAGAACACAGAAAUGAGACUAUUUCCCAGAUGGAGACCACCCAGAAUCAGACACACAGUGAAGCACAUGUUGGGCAGACCAAUCAGACUACGGUUUCUAAAACUGCAGAUAAAACCAAUCAAAAGCAAGGCCAUGCCUUUAAUGCAGAAAAAGAACCUAGUACUAGAAUAAAAGGAAAUGAGACCCCAGAGAUGGUGAGCACUCAAGAGGAGACAGAGGGGACCAGAAGCAGGUCCACUUUGCUGAAGGAAAGGAAGGCUUUAGAGGAGGAGAAAGAGGAGUUGCUGUUACUUCACAGACGCCUUGAUGAAGAAAAGCACAAACAUUUCCUGAAAACACAACUACACAGUCAACAUGAGGACCAAAAACAGCACCAGCUGCACCACAAACCUCAGCAAACCCACACAACUACACAACGGACAGAAAUUAGAACAACUACCCCAGUCAGAGUGUCCACUCCACACACACAUCCCCGACUGCCCCCUCGUCCACCAAAGAGAUUGAGGAAACAUCGCAACCGCAUAAGCAAGGCUGUCAUGAGGGCCAUGCUCAUGUAGCAUGCAUAGGUGAGAUGUGUGUAAGGUGCAGUACCUCUCCAGAUCAUUGCACUAUCCUGAAUAAUAUAAUUUAUUCAUGUCUUCCUGUCUAUGGAGAUCCACAGCCUCUAGUACUAAUCCUCAUGCAGUAACCCUGUUUCUGGGAGCGUCUGCGUUUGGCAGAGAUCUAGGGGCAGAGCUACAUUCCUACCAUAUUCCCCUGACAUAAAUAACAGUGAUGUUAUUAAAGGGGACAGAAGACAUUAAGACAAGCAGAAGAUUUGCCCUGGAUUCAGACUGACUGUCCAGUAGUUGCUACAACUCCUCAAAACUGCUCUGAAGUCCUUUUCCUAAGUUAUGCUCCAAGUUGGAAACCUGCCAUGACUCUGUGGAACAAUGGAGCUGAGGGAGUGGGCUUGGGAAUGUGUCACUGAAACUUUUAGGAUAGAAAAAGACAUGCCUGGAAGUCUAGAAUGAAAAAAAAUCCUCUAGAAUAAAAAAAAGAAAAACACUGGACUUUAGAAGAUUUUUGGAAUGAAUGGGGCUGGUCUGUGGAAACACUCAGAAAUAAAAGAGACUGGUCUAGAAGCUCCCUAAGCGCUCUGAAAAUGCUACUCUAGAGGCUCAUUCAAAUGGAAAAGACUGGUUUAGGAGAUCUGUGGAGUGGAGAUUUUGAGCUAAAUGCUCUCUGGAAUUAAAACAUGAGUCUGGAGAAGAUCUCUGAAAAAAGAAAGGCUGAUCUAGAACUCUUUUGAUUGAAAACACUGGUCUAUAGAAACUGAAACGGAAGAGACUAAAUAAAAGUACUACUCUUGUAGCUGCUUCAAGUGGCUUCUAGUUUAGUUCUAUAAUGUGGAAAUGAUCAACUAAAUGUUCUAUGGAUUGGUAAAGAGUGGCUUAGACGAUCUGGAGGAAUGGAAAGACUAGUCUAGAAAUAAAGUGGAAUAAAGUUCAGUUUAUAUUCUCUAUAGAUUAGAAAAUACUGGUCUAGAGGAUCUCUGGAAAUAAUUGAGUAGUCUUAAUGCUCUCCUAGAAGAUUUCCAUGAUAAAGACUGGUAAAGAAACUUGUUUUUAAUCAGUAAGCACGUUAUAAGAGAGACAGAAAACCAGAGCUCUCCCAUCCAACUGAUAUAACCAGAUAUAUCCAUACAACUGACAUAACCAGUUUCUCUUCUAACCAUAAUCACCAGAUCCACAGCUAGUUUGAGUGGUGUACUAUGCCAUAAAUUUGUAGAAAAAAAUGGUUCCAUCUUGCACUCUAUAUCAAUUCCUGUCCGUCCAGGGGCACCCUUAAAAACACAGUGUAGAACCCAUUAUUUCUCCAUCAUGCAGGAGUAGAUCACCUUUAGGAAGCUGAGAACCCUUAACUAUGGAAAGAAGCCUUGAGGAACCCAUUUUAUUGGUAGCAUGUAGUCAUAUCUGUGGAACAUAGUACAGAGCUGUCAGUGUCUGAGACAUACUGGACAGCUUCACCUCAUCUAUAGUUGUGAGCUAGAUAUAGAUUAACACAAGUGUUUUCAUUUAUCCAUUCAUUCAGAAAGAGAAAGGUAAAGCAAAACGGAAGCGAGAAAGGAACAUGGAUAUAACUCAAACAAAUUUUCAGUGUUAAACAGUGUUUCCAGUAUUUCUGGAUUAUUAAACAUAAUACAGUAUUACAUAAUACAAGUCACAACCACUUAACAAAUCAUAUACAAUACAUAAACACAGCAACAAUACUGUUUUAAUUUUCUUAUUUAAUUUUCAUAUUAUUUAAUUUGACUGCUAACACUGGAAAUUCUCAGAUGGCAAAUAAAGGCUUGCAGUUCUAUUGUAUUAAUAUGGACCUCUUGAAAUAUGACGGUGCUAUGUAAUGAUAAGAAAACAGCUUUACCAUUAAUGUUAUUUAUUCUUUUAUGAUUGCUUUGUUAUUAGUUUUUCUUCAUUAAUUUUACUUAUUUGUUUCUCUGCAUUCUGUUAAAGGUGUAUUUGUGUUUUUUCGGCUCUAGAUGUAUGUGAGGCAGUGUUUUGCACCGCAAAAGGAAUAUGAAUAAAGAACUAAACUAACCUGA